CAAAAGCCAGGGAGGAGAGAGACGGUAGAGCGAGAUAGACAAAGACACAGAGAAAGAGAGAGAGAGAGAAGGAGGAGGGACGCUGUCAUCACGUACAGCCGCGGAGAGAAGGGGAAGGGCGGGGGUGAGCCUCAGCCGGUGUCUGUCUGCAGCAGCGGCCAUGCUGCCUGUCUCGGUGCAUCCCGGUCCUCCGCCGGUGUAGCCUCCCUCCUGCAUCCCCGUAUCCCAGGUCAACGGACGGACCCGGAUCGGCUCGGCUCGGUCGGAGCGGUUCAGCCCGCCAUAGCAGACCGGAGCAGACCGGAACCAGAGCACCGAGGAGGGUAAAGAGGAGAAACGCUCCAUAGCAACAAACCGGUUCCACGGCAUUAUCGUGAUGGAGGGAUGGUGAGGACACUAAAAGAGAAAUUGUGAAUGAGACAUAAAUCCCAAAUCAAGCAGGAUUAGAGGGACUGCAAGGCAUUGGCCCAGAUCUGAACCUGGAGUCGAUUGAACGGGUUGUCUGAGGUCUCCUCAUCAAAGUACAGAUUUCAAAGCCAGAUCACUGACGUUACAGCUGAGUUCCUGACACUGCAGGUAGGUGACUGUGAGGACACAGACAGAUAAUCAAGUGGAGGUUUAGGCUUGGUGGGAAAAAUCUGUAAUUCAAGGAUCAGACUUGCCUUCAUGUUCACAUUAAAUUUGGUAAAAAUAAGGUGAAACAAAAACCCCUACCUUACAGCUACAACCCCGAACCUAUUGACCAGUGGACAUUAUGGAUUAGAGCAUGAACAAAAUACAUAAUUUCUAAGGAUUUUUAAAUUGGAUAAAGGAUAUUUUUGAGUUCUGACUUAAGCUGGAUUUACAUCAAAGUGACCUGAUGUAGUUUUGGGGAUUUCACCUGGAUUAUGAAGAUUUCAGUUGAUUUAAAUGAACUAUGACUGGUCUGAUUGCCACAGUGCCGGUUCUUCGUUCAGGCCAACUGGACUACAAAUCAUCUUAGACGUCUUAGGACUACAGCUGGUCUAUGAGAAUCUGUCUACUGGAAGGAAGUCUCCAAGUUAUAAAACAUUUUUUAGGGAUUACUUAUCACAUUAUCUAAACUUGAGCAGGAUCUGGACUACAUAGCUCGGAUAAACUUUUUCCUGCUGUUUGGAGGAUGAAUCUUUUCUAGCACGGAUUUUGUUGAAUGUUACUGGACUGUUAUCCGUCAUGUCUCUGAGUAAGACCCUCGAGUUGGAGCAUUUUGACGAACGUGACAAGGUUCGGCGAGGACGCUCCACCCGGGCCAAGAGAGAUGAGUCCACCAGCAGCGCUGGUGGUGGAGGGUCUGGCCCGAGCUCCAGGGGCAGCAGCCUGGUCCCUAGUCCUGCUCACAGCGCCAACUGCAGCUACUACCGGACCCGCACCCUGCAGGCGCUCACCUCGGAAAAACGAGCCAAAAAGGUCCGGUUUUAUCGCAAUGGAGACCGGUACUUUAAGGGCCUGGUGUACGCUGUUUCUAGUGACCGGUUCAGAUCGUACGACGCUCUGCUAAUGGAGCUAACACGCUCGUUGGCGGAUAACCUGCACCUGCCUCAAGGAGUGCGGGCGAUCUACACUAUAGAUGGCAGCAAGAAGAUCACCAGUAUGGAUGAGCUGGUUGAAGGCGAGUGCUACGUUUGUGCCUCCAAUGAGCCUUAUCGGAAGGUCGACUACACCAAGAUCUCCGUCCCAAGCUGGAAGCCCGGUGCCAGCGCUGGGACCGGAACGGCAAGAUCAAGCGGAGCCUCCACGGCAUCCACAGGAGUGUCGACGAUCAUCCCCAAAGAUCGCCCCGAAAGUCGAGAGGGCAGAGAGAGCAAAGACUUCAUCAAACCCAAGUUGGUGACGGUGAUCCGCAGCGGCGUGAAGCCUCGAAAGGCAGUGAGGAUUCUCCUGAACAAGAAGACGGCGCACUCCUUUGAACAGGUGCUGGCGGACAUCACCGAGGCCAUCAAGCUGGACUCUGGAGCAGUAAAGAAGCUCUACACGCUGGACGGGAAACAGCUGACCUGUUUGCAGGAUUUUUUCGGGGAUGAUGAUGUGUUUAUGGCCUGCGGUCCAGAGAAGUUUCGCUACGCUCAGGACGACUUUGUGCUCACACACAGUGGCAAAACACCGGCCUUUGUGAAUGAGUGCAGGACCAAGGUCUCUCGCUCAUCUGCCCCUCAGAAAACAACCAAGACUCCCAGCAGCUCCGGCUUCUCCUCCUCUAGGACUCCACCCAAAGCUAAUGAGGCCUCUGGAAAAUCAUCCAGGUCCAGCCCAUCCCCCACCAGCCCUGGGACUCGACGCAGCCUCAAGAUGUCACCUCGUCGUGCUUCCUCCACUGAUGUAAACGGAGAGGCCGAACAGCCAGAAGACACUGCAGAAGGUGAAGUGAACGGCAAUCGAACAGUUUCUUCCUCCACCAUCAACGAGAAGUACAAGGUUGGAAAGGUGAUCGGAGACGGAAACUUUGCUGUGGUGAAGGAGUGCGUGGAAAGGUCAACAGGACAGGAGUACGCUCUGAAGAUCAUAGACAAAGCUCGCUGCUGUGGGAAGGAGCACCUGAUAGAAAACGAGGUGGCGGUCCUGAGGAGGGUUCGACAUCCGAGCAUCAUCCAGUUAAUCGAGGUGGACGAAACGCCCACUCAGCUGUUCCUGGUCAUGGAGCUCGUCAAGGGCGGAGAUCUGUUUGACGCCAUCACUUCCUCUACAAAGUACAGCGAGCGAGACGCCAGCGCCAUGGUGUUCAACCUGGCCGGAGCCAUCAAGUACCUGCAUCGAAUGAACAUCGUACACCGAGACAUCAAACCAGAGAACCUGCUGGUUUGUGAAUAUCCAGAUGGCACUAAGUCAUUGAAGCUGGGGGAUUUUGGUUUGGCGACAGUGGUGGAAGGACCGCUGUACACUGUGUGUGGCACGCCGACAUACGUCGCCCCAGAGAUCAUCGCCGAGACCGGUUAUGGUCUAAAGGUGGACAUCUGGGCGGCAGGAGUGAUCACCUACAUCCUGCUGUGUGGAUUUCCUCCUUUCAGAAGUGAGAAUAAUGUUCAGGAGGAGCUGUUUGAUCAGAUCCUCAGAGGGAAGCUGGAGUUUCCGUCUCCAGACUGGGACACCAUCAGCCUUCCGGCAAAGAUGUUGAUAAGUCAAAUGCUGCAAGUGAAUGUGGAUGCCCGUUUCACUGCCGAUGAGGUCCUGUCGCACCCCUGGGUGACGGAUGAAGCUCCUAUAGAAUCCAACACUGUGAGCAGCGCUGAAGAGCAGAACAGUGGAGACACUUUGGAACCAGAGGAACCAGAGGAACCAGAGGAAUCCCCAAUACUAGAAACCAAGCAAGUUCCCUCACCUCUGGUCUAAAACACAUCCCCCUUAUUGAAUGGAAGAACAGAACAGUCUUUGUUUGGUCCACCUAAACCCAGAAAGUUUCUUUACAUCUGGAUGUCUCAUUAAUUUCCAAACCAGAUCAGUUCCCUCUAAUCUGUUCUAGAACCUGUUACAUGACAUCAUGUCACCUUAGUUUGAAAGCUAAAUGAGUUUUAACUUCUGGAAGCCAACAACUCUGCUUUGAAUUCUAGCUUUCUCUCGUUUCCAUUUGAAACCAAACCAAUCACUUCCUCAUGGUUCUUAUUUAAUCUCAUCUUCAGGAAA